AUAGCUUGCAUCACAAAGUUGAAAUUACCCUGCAGUAAAAGUAAUCUAAAACUCUUUAAAUUCACUUGUCUUCAUGGUAGUUAUCUGCUUCAAUGUCUUUAUAUUUUGUAUUCAAAUUUUAAUGGUUUCAAAUUUUGUAUUUUGAUUACUUUGGCUAAGGAUUAAAAUAUUUAGGAUUAUUCAUUCGUAGUACCAGAGUAUGUUUUCAUUUCAGUUGCUUUGACAGUUAAUUUCAUUCAUUCAACAAGUUCGAAUUGCUCUGCUUUUAGUUAAUCUUUGCGAAUUUCCAAAAUUCAUAAAAUAAAAUUCUCAUUUGAGCCAUAUUUUUGUUAUUGCUGGCAUGAAGCCAGAUAUUUAUAGAAUCAAAUGAAUGCUGUUUAUUAUUCUGUUAAAUAGGCAAAAUUAUAGGCUAAAAAUUUCUGAAUUUGCUCCAGUAGCUGCCUGAUAUCAACUAAUAAUUCAUUACAUUUUACAGAUAUUAGAAAUGAGCAACAAUAACACUGGCGCUGUUGUACGAACUUCGGGUCGUAAACCCAAGCGAAAAAGUUAUCAGGAUUAUGUUGAAGAUGGUGGGAAGUCGUCGAGAAACAAAAUAUUUAAAUCAGAUAUACAAGAAGAUUUUUCUUCAGUGACUGAUGUAAACAAUCCAACUAAAAGUUCUACGGAAAACACGCUACACUCUGACACAGACCUCAAGGAUGGUUUGCUUGAAAACAAUGGCACAGUUGAUGCUGAAAAUAAAGUCAAGGGAGAGUUGAUCACAAAAGAUCAACUCAUUUCACAGCAAACAGAAUCGUCAACAAAACAGCCUGAAUCUAAAGUUAAUAGAGUGCUAAAACCCACUAUGAAACAAAGAGGACGAGGGAAGCUAAUUGAUCCUAUCAAAUCUCAUCCUCGUGGAAGAAAACCAAAGUCUUCUCAAGAGCCUGAAAGAAUCUAUAUAUGCAGGAAAGCAGGAUGUGGCAAAAAAAUACAACGCUGCGCUGUCAAGGCAGAUGCUGCAUGUUGUGAAGCCACUGGUUAUUCUUCAAGAUGGUAUCAUCUCUCUUUGGAAGAGCAUUAUUGUAAUGCGUGCUUUGAACAAUUUUAUAGAAACAAAUAUGAUGGAUUUGAACAAUUUCAUGAAUGGAAAAGAGCUUGGAUGAAUAAUAGCAAAGCGGAUAGUGCUUUCAAAAACAUAACAACAUAUAUUCCAGAAAAAAAGUUAUCGUAUUGGGUGAAAUGUACGCGAUGUGAACACUGGAGACAACUGGUAAAUGAAGUUGAACUAUCUAUUGAUAUAAAUAAAACUUAUGUUUGCUCGAUGGGAAGCAUGGAAAAUACUUUAUCUGACUCUACUGUGGGCACAGGCCAGCCUCAUGUUAAAUAUACAUGUUAUCAAAAGCAUGAUACACAGGUUGAAACUGUAUUGGAUCCAAGUAUUCCUUGGAUGUCUAGUUUGAAUUACACACCAUUUUUAAAAUACAGCCCCGCUGCUCCUUACUUAACUUCGUAUUAUCCAGAUGGAGUUGGCAUGAGUGCAGUAGACAUUGAUGAAACUCCUCAUAUCAUUAGUUUUGGUGAGAAUGAUGUUUCACGACCCCCUGACAUUUGUGAAUUAGUCACAAAGCAGAGUGAAACAAAAGAACUGCCACAGAAUUGUGUUGCCAAUAAAUAAAAAGGAGACAGUAGAUUGUUGAUGUCGCCAGGUGGUAGAAAAAGUAUCAACCAGUCCAACAGGGCUGCAGGAGCGGUAAAUGGGUAUUUUCAUCCUUUUUAUAAACCAUUUGAACAUGGUAAAGCGCUUUGUAUGAGACCAGAUGUAAUGGAAUUAGACGAAGCACAAGAAUUCCCUGAAUUUGUAAAAGAUCAAUCAAUAUACCUUGCUGUUAGAAAUCUCGUGGUUGCUUUAUGGACUCUUCACAAAAAAUCUUUCUUAACUGUUAAGCGAUGCUGUCAAUAUAUUAUUCUCAGAGGCUUGACACGAAUAUUCUUGUGUGAACAUCUUUUGCCUAGAAUUUUAUGCUUCGCUACUUAUAAGGGUUUAAUAAACAUUGGGGCACUUUCAAGUCCGUCCAGUGUCGCUUUGCUACCAAAUAAGUACUUGAAUAAGGAUGUUAUUAUAAUUGGUGCAGGCCCAGCUGGCUUAGGGGGCGCAAGGCAACUGCACAAUUUUGGUAUAAAAGUCACAAUUUUAGAAGCAAGAGAUCGCAUCGGCGGAAGAGUGCAUGAUGAUUGGUCUUUGAAUGGUACCUGUGUUGGAAGAGGAGCUCAAAUUGUCAAUGGAUGUGUGAAUAAUCCAAUGGCACUUAUUUCAGAACAGUUAGGAUUGAAGAUGCAAGUACUAAGACCACAAUGUGAUUUGUAUGACAGCAACGGCGUUCCGAUAUCAAUGCACUGUGACAAGAGAAUGGAUUUUCAUUUUAAUGCGUUGCUCGACAUAAUAGCGGAAUGGCGAAGAACUCAGCAAGAAAAUUCAGAUUCUUCUCUGGGAGAGAAAAUUAUUGAGGCUCACACUGAGUGGAAAAGACAAAGUGGACUAACAUUUUCUGAACUAGAGGAGCAACUUUUGCAGUUUCAUGUUGGUAAUCUUGAAUUUGCAUGCGGUGCUUGUUUGGAUAAAGUAUCGGCUUUUCAUUGGGAUCAAAACGAAACCUUUGCUCAGUUUGGGGGUGAUCAUACCCUGGUACAAUAUGGUUUUUCUGCUCUUCUAAAAUCCUUGGCUUAUAAUCUUGAUAUUCGAUUAUCUUCACCUGUUACAAGUAUCGACUAUACAAAUGAAAAAGUUGAAGUCCAAACUGACACUGGAGAUAUUUUUAGUGCUGACUGUGUUCUUAUAACUGUACCCUUGGCAGUUUUAAAAUCCAAAAGCAUUUUAUUCAAACCAGAACUACCCAACUUCAAACAGGAUGCAAUGGGCAAGAUAGGGUGUGGGUGUAUAGAAAAAGUAGGAUUGGAAUUUUCAGAGCGAUUUUGGGAAGACAAAAUAAAUGGUGCAAACUAUUUCGGUUAUAUACCCUCAGACAAAAUAAAAAAGGGAUUUUUCACUAUGUUUUAUGAUAUGCCAAGCGUAUCGAUGGAAAAAGGAAAUGUUCUAAUGAGUGUAAUUUCAGGGGAUUCUGUUGAUGCUGCUUCAAAAAUGACUGAACAGGAGGUUGUGGACAUUGCUAUGACUGUUUUGCGUGCAAUGUUUCCAAACAAAUCAAUUCCACAGCCUAUACGGUAUUUUGUGACACGAUGGAAAACCGAUCCAUAUGCUCAAAUGGCUUAUAGUUACAUUAAAACUGGAAGCAGUGGUGAGGAUUACGACAGACUAGCAAAGUCUAUUGAUGGUAAAUUGUACUUUGCUGGUGAAGCAACGAACAGACAUUUUCCUCAGACUGUAACUGGUGCUUAUCUUAGUGGAUUAAGAGAAGCAGCUAAGAUUGCAGUGUUUAAAACCGAACAGUCUUCAUAGUUAUUUUCAAUCCGUAAUCAAAUCAUGUAAAAUCCAACUAAAUGCACUCUUGUAUUGGUUAAGAAAAUUCUUUCAACAAUGUA